CCAUACAGUGCAUUUUUCCAGCCUUUUCAAACUCACGAUUCACUCUCAUCAUUUCCAGCUCACCCUUUGACUUUGUGAACCUUCUACAUCUCAUUGAUUCGACUACAAUUCUCUGACUUUGGACGGUCCCAUAGCCGUUGAAUUUAUUUAGGAACUCCUCUGUAGCUUGAACUCCAGCACUCCAAGCUUGCCUGAAAUAAAAUCUCGAACACACUGAAUCAAACAAUCCACUUAUUCGAUACACGCAUAUAUCCGUUAACUAGGUGGCUCAUACGGAAUCAACAAUCAAGAUGUCGCUCCCUACCAUGGAAACCCAGUUCAAAGUAGCCAGCGAAGCGGCCCAAAACUUCGUAGACCACUUCUACGAAGCGCGCACGCGCCGGCGUCCGCUGGGCAUGUUCUACGCCUCGACGUCGGCGCGGCUGACCGGCGCGUCCGUGAAGCCGGACAUAAGCGUCAACGGGCUGCCCGUGGCGGACGUGGCCGCGUACGAGGCGAUGCUCGAGGGCCAGGGCGGGCCCGUCGUCUACGACAUCUCGUCUUUCGACGCGCACCCCGUGACGGCGCACUACAAGACGGGCGAGCCGGAGACCACCGGCGCCGGUGGUGCGGAGGGUCGGGACGCUACUGCCGCCGCGGUCCUGCGUAACGGGGAUCGGAUGAGUUUUGCUAUCCAAGUAAGCGGCAUGAUCCGCUACACGCACGAGCACACGGCCCCUGCCACCAUCACCGCGGAGGCUGCUAAGGGCACGCCUCCGCCGCCGGGCGAGGCUCCUAGUGCUAACACCAACACCGCCUUUGCCGUCGGCACCACGCCGACGCCAGCAGCGGAAGCCGAGUUGCCGGAGCAGCCCUUCAACGAAGCCUUUCUGUUGGUACCGCACUGGGAGGCGUGGGCCCGCAACGCGCCGCGGAAUUUGCGGAAGUGGGUUAUUGUUAGCCAGAACUAUAGGACUCUAUGACAUAUCCUUAUGGAUGGGGUCGAUAUCCUGUAUGCAGAGAUGGGGAGGCAGAGUAGGGGUAUGGAUUAAGGGAUAGAUAGACAGGUCAAAGACUUGGUCUAAAAUGGGAGUGAAACGAUGUUGGCCCUCGAAAUCACCGUGACAUCGAACUUCUCUAUUGAAGCAUCUGCAUGAACAAACAAUGGAAAUAGGCAUUCGGCACCCCUUAAAUCAUAAGCCGAUGGGUGGAAGCAUGAGGCGUUGAGUUGAAUUAAGCAGUCCAUUGGAAGGUCUGGGUACUGAAAACUAUUUCUCAAGUUCGCAUAGCAGAAGGCGCCUUCGUCAUAACCAAAGGAUGAAACGCAGUGGAAAUAGGAAAAUUUACGUUCUGGACGAGCACAAGCAGCCGCUUUAUCUUAAGUUCAAUAUGAAUGCUAGGUGAUGGUACUUCAUCACCUCACUGCAUUUCAAUAUUUGGUAAACCAUACUAGUCC